AGCUGUCAUCUAAAUUACUUUCUUGGUUAUUUUUGUUGUUUGAGAUCGCGCAAAUUUUACACAAUCGGAAAAUUCUUUGCAUUUUCACCGUAUCUUGAGUGAACCAGCUGAACUUUUCCACAUCUGAGGAGCAGAUAUCGCUUGGAGCGACCAUAAAAAUUAAAAUGCCAAACGACGAUAGUGACGUUGAUGAUAAUAACAUGUCUGGCGCUGAAUCACAACAUUCGUCAGGAGCGCCAGAUCGUGACUCAAGCGAGGAAGAUGCUGAUGAGCCAGAUUCCGACGAUUCAUCCGAAAUGGAUGAGAGUGAAUGCGAGCGAAGACGAAGCUACUGUAUAGACAAUUUGGCUGAUCUCGAAAAACAAUUUCUAACAUUGCGCGAACAACUGUACCUUGAGCGGAUAAAUCAAGUGGACACGGAAAUAACGGAAAUACGCAACGGCAAAUCGAAAGAGUAUUUGGGUCCGUUACAGCGCCUCGCUGAUAAUAUGCACACCAGAAUCGAAGUGGCUGGUGUCUUACGGCGACUGCGAAUGGAAAAUAUUUUGCACAAAUACGAAUCGGAGGAGCAGGCAGCGAGACAAAACUAUGAUAGCGAAAAGCAACUGUCGAAGGAUAUGAUCUACGAUGAACUCAUCGAUAAAAUACGUCGACUGGAAGAAGACCGUCACAACGUUGACAUUUCGUGGGCCGAUUGGGGUACGAGCACACGAACGUCGAAGGUGCGAGGACCCGGUCGGAAAAAAGCCGUUACAGUAUCCGGACCGUAUAUCGUUUAUAUGCUAGCUGAGGAAGAUAUUUUGGAGGACUGGAAAAUAAUUAGAAAGGCACUGAAGAGAUCUGGAUCGACGUCUUGAUGUUGGUUGUAAACAAGCAUUGCGCUCAUAUUUUUCGAAAUAAAUUUUUUCAUAUUCGUGUA